ACUUGCUUGAUUUCACCGUCAGCUUCUCGUGACAAUCACGCUGCUUACGUGUUCAGUUUUCGUUCAUCGUUUUGCUACUUGUUGGAAUGGAGCUUUCGAGAGUGCGAGAUGCCGAGAAGGAGACAAUGUACGGAUAUGUUUGCGCUGUUUCUGGACCAGUUGCGAUCGCAGAAAAGAUGAGCGGCGCUGCUAUGUACGAGCUGGUGCGGGUUGGCUACAGUGAGUUGGUGGGAGAGAUCAUUCGAUUGGAGGGUGAUAAGGCAACUAUUCAAGUAUACGAGGAGACUUCUGGUGUGAGUGUUGGAGAUCCAGUGUUAAGAACAGGAAAACCUUUGUCUGUAGAACUUGGACCAGGUAUAAUGGGCAGUAUCUUUGAUGGAAUCCAACGUCCAUUAAAGGAUAUUUGUGAAGUGACUGAGAGUAUUUACAUUCCUCGUGGAGUAAACACAGCCAGUUUGAGCCGAACUCAGCAAUGGGAGUUUCAACCUAGUGGCAUGAAGGUUGGCAGUCACAUUACUGGUGGUGACAUAUAUGGUAUAUUAAAGGAGAACUCACUUAUCACGCAUAGGCUCAUGUUGCCUCCAAGGAUGCAUGGCACUGUGACUUAUGUUGCUGAGGCUGGAAGCUACACAAUUGAGGAUGAGGUCUUGGAAAUUGAGUUUGAUGGUGAGAAGCAGAAGGUCAACAUGAUGCAAGUAUGGCCAGUUAGGCAGAUGCGACCUGUUGCUGAUAAGUUGGCUGCAAAUCAUCCUCUACUGACUGGACAAAGAGUGCUUGAUGCUCUUUUCCCUUGUGUACAGGGAGGAACUACUGCUAUUCCUGGUGCUUUUGGCUGUGGAAAGACUGUUAUUUCACAGUCUUUGUCAAAGUAUUCCAAUUCUGAUGUCAUCAUUUAUGUUGGCUGUGGUGAACGGGGCAAUGAGAUGUCUGAGGUGUUGAGGGACUUUCCAGAGUUGAAAAUUCAAAUUGGCAACAACGAAGAGUCUAUCAUGAAGCGUACAGCAUUAGUAGCCAACACAUCAAACAUGCCUGUAGCUGCACGUGAAGCAUCCAUUUACACUGGCAUUACUUUGUCUGAAUACUUCAGAGACAUGGGGUACAAUGUGAGCAUGAUGGCUGACUCAACUUCACGUUGGGCUGAAGCUCUUCGUGAGAUCUCUGGUCGACUUGCUGAGAUGCCUGCUGACAGUGGCUAUCCAGCUUAUCUUGGUGCUCGCUUGGCUUCUUUCUAUGAGAGAGCUGGAAAAGUUGUUUGUACUGGCAAUCCGAAACGUGAAGGCAGUGUGACUAUUGUUGGAGCUGUAUCGCCUCCUGGUGGUGAUUUCUCUGAUCCAGUCACAUCAGCUACUCUUGGAAUAGUCCAGGUAUUCUGGGGAUUAGACAAGAAGUUAGCACAAAGGAAACAUUUUCCUAGUGUCAAUUGGCUUAGCAGUUAUAGCAAGUACAUGCGUGCUCUGGAUGACUUUUACGAGCAGAAUCACCCUGAUUUUGUCAACUACAGGAUGAAGGUUAAGGAAAUUUUGCAGGAGGAGGAAGACUUGUCUGAGAUUGUUCAACUUGUUGGCAAGGGCUCUUUAGCUGAAUCUGACAAGAUAACCUUGGAAGUUGCCAAGUUGAUCAAAGAUGAUUUCUUGCAGCAGAAUGGAUACUCAGCUUAUGACCGUUAUUGCCCAUUCUUCAAGACUGUGGGGAUGUUGGCAAAUAUUUGUGCUUUCUAUGACAUGGCAAGGCAUGCAGUAGAGACAACUGCUCAGUCUGAGAACAAAAUCACUUGGGCAAUCAUCCAUGAUCAGAUGGGAGAUAUAAUUUACAAGCUGAGUAGCAUGAAGUUCAGGAACCCAUCAACAGAGACAGAGGCUGUAAUAAAGAAGCACUUCUCUGAUUUGCAUGAAGAGAUGGUUGAAGCCUUUAGGAAGCUGGAAGAUUGACAUUUUAGACUUAUUAAUUGAUUUGAAGCAUUCGAUAUCUGUUUUAUAGCAGUAGCGUUUAUGGUUAUGUGUGUGAAAUCACGUGUUGUUAUAAACAGCCGGGUAUUUCGGUUA